AUGGUCUUCACUCCGCCAAAAUGGGUUGGCCCAGCUCCAGAGCCCCCAGAUGCCAUCCCAAUUUCCGAGUUCAUGCUCAAGGACUGUUAUGGCCGUCAUCCCCUGGAAUACUCACAUCAUCCGUUUGUUUGCGGCCUGAGUAAGAAAUCUUACUCUGCGCUGGAAGUGGCAGAACGAGUCGAUGUUCUGGCGCGAUCUCUGUCCAAGGAACUUGGCUGGCAGCCAAACAAUGGGUCAGAAUAUCAGCGUGUAGCUUGCAUCUACAGCGUGAACACGAUUGAUUACAUGACCCUCUGUUGGGCCAUCCAUCGCUGCUCCGGCAUUGCUUCCCCCGCGAACGCCACCUACUCCGCUCCCGAACUCGCCUACCAACUUAAAGACAGUGGUUCAAAAUCUCUCUUCACAUGCGCCACCAACCUCCCUAUCGCCCUCGAAGCUGCCGCCAAUGUUGGCAUCCCCAAAAGCCGAAUAUACCUCCUUGACCUUCCUUCUCAGUUUCCCGGUGGUGGAAAAGCACCAGAUGGAUAUAAAACCGUGGAACAACUCAUUAAAGAUGGGUACUCGUUGCCGAAGUUAGAGAAGCUGAACUGGCAGCCGGGCCAGGGUACCAAACAAACUGCAUUCCUCUGCUACUCGUCAGGAACCUCCGGAUUGCCAAAGGGAGUGAUGAUCUCCCAUAGAAAUGUGAUUGCCAAUACUUUACAGAUCAAGGCGUAUGAGGUUCCGUAUCGAAAAACCUUGAAGAACCACGGAUCCCAAUCAGGCUACACGGAUGUCAUUCUGGGUCUAUUGCCCCAAAGCCACAUAUACGCAUUAGUCGUUAUUUGCCAUUCUGGUCCCUACCGUGGUGACCAAGUUGUCAUCCUCCCGAAAUUUGAUUUUACACAGUACCUCAGUGCUAUUGAGAGGUGCAAAGUUUCAACACUUUACUUGGUUCCCCCAAUUAUCAUCAUUAUGCUCCGAAACAAAGAAGCAUGUGACAAACGUGAUCUAAGCUCUGUUACCAGCAUCUUUACUGGAGCAGCGCCCCUAGGUGUUGAAACCGCUACAGACCUUAUGACUUGGAAGCCAUCAUGGAAAAUUAGACAAGGCUAUGGUCUAACCGAAACAUCCACUGUCGUGUCUAAUACAAGUCCACAUGAUAUCUUCCUGGGCUCUUCUGGUUCGCUGAUUCCAGGAUUUGAAGCGCGUCUUCUUUCUCCCGAUGGGGAGGAGAUAACCGGCUACGACCAGCCGGGCGAGCUUGUUGUCCGCUCCCCAUCCAUCGCCUUAGGCUACCUAAACAAUGAAGAGGCAACCAAGGAAACAUUCCGGGACGGCUGGAUGCGCACGGGUGAUGAAGCUGUUUUCCGUGUCUCGCCUGCCGGUAACGAGCACCUCUUUAUUGUCGACCGGAUAAAGGAACUUAUCAAAGUCAAGGGUCUACAAGUCGCUCCCGCGGAGUUGGAAGCGCACCUCCUCUCACACCCUGACGUUGCCGACUGCUCAGUCAUUGCCGUCCCUGACGAAACUGCAGGAGAGCUCCCAAAGGCUUUUGUUGUGAAAUCUCCUUCUGCGGGAAGUGAUGAUGCGGCUACCAUCCGGUCAAUUGAGAAACAUGUGGAGGACCACAAGGCACGCCAUAAGUGGCUGAAAGGGGGAGUGGAAUUUAUCGACGUUAUACCUAAGAGCCCGAGCGGUAAGAUUCUGAGACGGCUGCUUAGAGAUAGGGAGAGAGAGGCGAGAAGGAUAGCCGGAGUGAAGUUGUAA